CAGUGUGGACGAAAAACAUUUGAUGUGUUUUCAGAAUGAAAACACCGUUUUAAAUUCCUCCGGCGUAGCGUGGACAGGGCCUCAGUAUCCGAGAGUGAAAACCAAAAAAAUUAUGGUCAUUCAAUUCUUCAACGUCGCAAAGCCCCAACGAGACAAAAACACCAAGUUUCUAACUCAUAACUUUACACCAUAUAAAUACUGAUAUUUUAAUUUAUCAACAUUAGGGAUAUACCUGCGGCGCGUACGAAAAGCCCUCUAGCAAGACUAGCACAUAUCCUUGUUACUAAAUUUAAAAAACAAUCUCUCUAUAAACGAAUACCAGUAAUUUCCACUUCACUUAGCUCACUCCGUCUAGCUCUAUUGUCUCCCUUAAAUAUAUUGUGGAACGCUGUUUUUAGCCAGAUGCAAAUAUAAAUAUAUGCGAGAGAGAGGAACUGGUUUAUUCUGCCUGCAUAGAAAAUUCUUUCGAAAUUGUUCAGUGAUAUUUGAGAACAGCAUGGUUGUAUUGGCUUUUAUUGCAUUUAGUUUGUAAUAGAGGCGCCUAUUUUGUGGUCGGUAUGGCAUCAUUUAAAUACGUUUUCAAGGGCAUGCUGACGAAACUUGAAAUUUGAAAUGCUAUAUCAUUUUAUUCCACACUACAUCAGUGCGGUUGUUAGGCAGUGUCAAGAAUAUUCAGUCUUCAGGAGCAAAACACGAACCGUUCUGCGUUCAGAGUUUCCUUGGAAGCUUGCCUAAACUACAUUUUUUUUCUUCUAAAAAGCAAUAUCACUACUCUUGUACUCGGAAAGUAAUAUAUCACUGAAAUACAUCGUUGGGGUAUUAACACGUAAUUGCUUCUGGACAAAGCAUUAUUUGACCUCCCUUGUCCUAAACCUUAAAAAGCCGUAUUUGUUGAAUUUUGACUAAAAGUGUCCUUCGUUUUUAGUGGAAAGUCAAAAUAUUGAAAAUGGAAUUCCGUUUUCUUUUGGUAUUUUACCUUCCGUUCUUGGAUAGUUCGAAAUGAGAAGUUUAAUUAAAAGUUUUAUUUUUAUUUUUUUUCGUUAAAAUAUCUCAUUUAUUAUAUUGCCCAAACUGUGGAACUAAACUGACGUGGAGUUUCGUUGACCCAAUAUCCUCUCUUGGGAAAAGCUCUACCAUAUUGUUAAUUGUUAUACGUGUCAAUAUAUACUGCAUUCACAGUCGCUUGUCUACUUUUCUAUUAAUUACUCAAAGAUAUGAUACAACAAUUCCAUGUGUGGUAAUAUUAUGUGGAGUUAUGAUAGAUAUGGAGAAGAGCAUUCAAUAUGAGUUACUGUUAUCUCGAUUACUUCGUUAUUGCAUGAAAACGCCCAGGACAAUGAUUUGGUCUUGCCUGUCAACUACGAACAGCUCGAUAAGACAGGCAGGAACAUUCAUGUUUUCUAGGACGAUACCCGCUUUUUUUGAAAGUUAACAAAUGUUGAUAUCAUUUUAGGCUAACUUGAAGAUAUUCUCCGGAAAACGAUCUAUAUCGUCCUCAAGUUUCCACUCGACUGAAAAAAAAAACAAGUAUUCGAUGCUAGCUUUUCGGCACCACAGAAAUAAGUCUCUUAAGUAUCUCAUGAAGAUUAAGUCAUAUUGGACCAGUUGGUAUCAGAAUAUUACAGCGAAUGAAACGAAGAUUUCGAUCGUUCUAUCGAUGUCAGGUGAAGAACAGACGUAGAUUCGUUUGAAUCGUACACAUCUUUUUCUCCGUUAGAUAACUACGUCGAAACUGCGUUAGAGCUCCAGCAGAUUAUUUUGUGUGUGAUAUAAAUAACUCAGGCGAGGGCCUGUGCUGAGUUUUUAAGUGUGACAUCACCAGAUAUUGCCCGGCGUCAACUUGCGUUGUAGUCUUGUGUAGGUUAAUACGUUGCCGCUAUCUUUUGGUGCGAUAAUGGACGAAGAAACAAGUUCUGUCGUUCUACUCCCCGAAGUAAAAGUAGAACCUUUUGACAACUCUGAAAAUAACCCCGACAGUGAAGCCAGUUCGCUUGGAAGCCCAACAGACGAAAACUCGCUCCCACGCUUUGGGGAAACUUCCGAGGAGGACAUUCAAAGGUUGUUGGAGCAUCGCUCAUGCAGCGAAAAUACAUGGAGGUCCACUAAAAAUGCAGUUAAAAUUCUCCGCGACUAUAUGGAAGAGAAAAGCAUGGAUGUCCAAUUUGAGAACUUAGACAAACCAGCUUUGAAUGAUCUCCUGCGUAAAUUCUACGUCGAAGCCCGCAAAAAGAACGGUGAUUACUACAAAUCCUCAGCCCUAGGUAGUAUACGCUUUGGUAUUCUGCGGUACUUACAGUCCCAACAGAGCAAUGUAGACAUAAAAAACGACCCCGAAUUCACCGAGUCAAACAAAGUAUUCAAAGCUCAGGUGGAAAAGUUGAAAAAGCAAGGAAAAGGCGAAGUUAACCGUUCGGACAUCGGGCCAGACGAUUUGAAGAAGCUUUAUCUGAGUGAGGUCUUGUCGCCAUUCAGCGCCGAUGGCUUGCAGAGGAAAGUGUUCUUUGACCUGCUGAUGUAUUUACCAGGAAAAAGAAACCGCAGUAACGUGAGAGAGCAAACCCGGGACACUUUUCUGAUCGGGUAUCAUUCAGCUACGGGCUUGAAGUACGUUUACCCUAAUCCUGCCCAUUGUGAAAAUGUGUUCACUGACGGAAAAUGUCCGCGGAUGAAUGAAAAACCAGGAAAUCCAAGGUGCCCAGUUGCAUCAUUCCUCAAGUACCUUUCAAAGCUGAACCCAAUGAACCUGUACCUGUGGCAGAGACCCAAAGCUUCCUUCAAACACCAUGCUUGCGAAGAUGAUCCUAUUUGGUAUGAAAAUGCAGCAGUUGGUCACAAUUCACUGGGUGAAAUGAUGACAAACAUGUCCAAACUAGCGCGGCUGUCCAGGAUAUACACAAACAACUGCAUUAGAGGUACUUAUGUGUCAAUUCUCGACAGCCUCGUGGAAGAUUAUCCUCUCAUUACUACACUGGUAUCUCUACCCACUGCUCCAAGAUUUCAACACAUCCUCCCCAGGGAACCAUGUGACGAGCGUCCAACCAUGGUGCCUGUUACUGGAAAGUAUAUAUCAAGCUCAGAGCAAAUGCUAUCAUCAAGACGUGGUGAAACACCCAUUGGCUCACCACCAUUUAAUGUGGUGCAAAACAAAGAACAAUCUCAUCUCACAAAGGUCAUCAUUUCUCCAAACCAUUCUCAAUCACAACCUUCAAACUGUAGCCCACCCAGCACCAUCAGAACUUCACUGUCUCAAGGAAAUAGCCAUGACAUUGAAAAGGAAACAGAUCCAAGCCCUGCAUCCAGUCCAACAGACCCUGUGCCUGGUCUGCCAUACCACUCUGGCCACAGGGGACAGCAUACUUCUUUUGUAGCUUACAGACUGAGUCAGCUUCAAGCAGCGUCCUCACAUAAUCUACGCAAUCAACUCCAAGCAUCAUUUAAAACUACUGCAAGUAGUUACACUUUCUCUCAAACCUCAGUAGCUCGUGCUGGAAAUAAUCCCACUGGUCUUGCAAACUCAAGAGUUGUUUAUUGUCAAACAGUGCCAGCUAUGGCUUCCUCAUCAUCCUCUACAUCGUCUUCACACCAUAUGCACCGCUCAGCUGAUUUCAGUAGUCCAAUGACUGGAAGCCCUCUCACUACUCAUGUGCUGGACACAGCCAGGGGUUCACCUGCCAGGAACCUCCAGAUACAGCUCUAUUUUGAAGAAAUACGGCCGGACAGUAGAAUGUGGAAGCACAUUGCAUCAGGAGUCACUAAUGCUGAUGGGAGAGCUCCCAACUUGUUGACUCAAGAACAGUUCAUACCUGGAAAAUAUAUGAUCAGAUUUGAGACAGAAGCUUAUUUCAAAGAUAUUGGUGUUUCGUCAUUUUUCUAUCCUUAUGUAGAGAUUGUGUUUCUCAUAAGCGACCCAUCUCAACACUACCAUGUACCUCUUCUACUUAGUCCAUUCUCAUAUUCAACAUAUCGUGGGAGCUGAGAUUCAAUUAGUGUCUGCUACCUAAAACAGAUCAGGCAAAGAACAAUUAUGUUGAAGAGAUUAGUGAAAGCGAGCUGUGAGACAAUAUUACUGGCUGAUCAUUAAUAAUUUUUUAUUGGUAAAUUCAAGAAUGUUACCCCGAGACCCACUACAUUUUAUAAUGCUAGGGAGAAAAACCUCUCUUCAAAACCCAUGUUGAUGAAAACAGAUGUCAUUUCCUGCUCAACUUCUGGUCACUGCAAAAAUGCAAAGUGGAAUAGAAGUGGAGCACUAAACAACAUCAGUUUGCUCAGGUUAUAAUACAUUUUAGAUGUUCCUUCUUAAAAUUGUUCUUAAAAAUGGUGUAGUUGAAGAUUGUUGUAUGUUUGGCAAAUAAAGUUGGUUCAAAUAAAA